AUGCUUUACUUUCUCUGCACUCAACCAACUUAUACUUUUGCCCUAGCUCGAUCUCAACUCAUAGCUUGUAGUGUGCAAUCUGGUCCUUGUGUUCGAUACCCGUUUACUACUUCUGACCUGUGCACUUGCAGAAUCAGGGAUAGGAAAGGGGAAGACCUGAUCCCGCGAUCAAGUUUUUGGCGCCGUUGCCGGGGACCAAUUCGCACCUACAAAUGUCAAGCCCUCAAGCACCACCACCUUCUUGGGAUAGUCCUCCAAACUAUCCUCUUGAAGACCAAGAAGAAACUUCUUCCCUACCUUGAAGCAGCCGACCUGGAGACGUCUAGCCAAGCCGCAUCAUACCAAGAAGAACACCUUCUAGCCACACCAGAAGAGGAGAUUGACCCUGAGCUGAUCGAGUUCGUGAAGAGAGAUCAAUUCCAUGAUCUGUUUUCAGAGUAUGCGCUGGAGCACAUAGAUCACUUUGACAAUCUUUGUGAUUCCUAUGGAGUUUUUGACUUUGAGAAGAAGAUGAUGCUAUUCAGCACAUCACUAGCUGGACCAGCACUAGAUUGGGCGCAGCAUGAACCACUCUCUACAAUCGAGUCAUGGAUCGAUUUUAGAGAAGCUUUCUUGAAGAGAUUUGCAAGGAGCCACCUUUCAAAUCCAAGUACCACCACUACUCUCAUCAGCUGGAGAGAGAGCGUGAUGAAGAAGAAUGGGGAGGCAUACCACCCCAUCCUGAAGUUUGAAUGA